CUCUCCACACAUGUCAAAUAAAGUUCGCCAAGGCGGGUAACCUUAACGCUGAUCCCAUCCCUUUUCUUAGCGAGCCUGGGGUCAAGACAUCCAAACCUGGACAGCUCCAGCAACCCAAUUCCAACAUCGACAACGCCUUCUAUGCGACACGAUGCCCACACCUCAUCUUGAGCGCCCAUGACCUCACAGUCUCCUCCGCGACGCCAAAAAUUUUGACGCGCCGUCCACUCCUUUCAAAAUGGAACCGCGAACCCUCCCAUUCCGUCCCCCCGGACAUUCAGACGGCGAAGGGGAGCUCUCCCCCGACUCGAGCGCGAUGACGCGACUCACGCCAGACUCCGACUCAAAUUCUGGAUCUGAAGAUGACUCGGAUCUGGAUCUGGACAUGGAUAUGGAUGAGACUGGGGAAAGCUUCAAAAUGCGGACACGAGGGAGGGAUGUGGAGAAAGGAGGGGUUGGUGAUAAGGAGGGGUUGGAUGAGGAUGAGGAGGACGACGAAGAGGAUGGAGGUGAUGAAUAUACCACGCCAGGACGGCGCAGAGCUGCGAGUGUUUCGACGGUGCAGUCGUAUCAGUUGUAUACGCCUGACGAGGAGAGAGCUGUGGUGCGGAAGUUUGACAGGAAGUUAGUCUUGUUCGUGGCGCUGCUGUAUAUGCUGAGCUUCUUGGAUAGGUCAAAUAUCGGAAAUGCUAAAAUAGCUGGUCUGGAUAUCGACCUUGAUCUUGAUUCCCCGAGGUAUGAAUGGGUUAUCACGGCUUUUUACAUUGCGUACAUUUGCUUCGAAUGGAUGAGCGUGCUGUGGAAAAUAGUACCGGCGCACAUCUACGUGACGGUCAUUGUUCUGAGUUGGGGGAUUGUUGCCUCGCUACAAUCUGUUGCGACUUCUUUUGCGGGAUUGCUUGUUUUGAGGACGCUUUUAGGGAUUGGAGAGGCUGGGUUCACGGGUAUUCCGUUCUACCUGUCUUUCUUCUUCAAGCGUGAAGAAUUGGCGUUACGGACAGGGUUCUUCAUCUCUGCGGCACCAUUGGCGACUUCAUUCGCCAGUACUCUGGCUUGGGCUAUCGUCAAGCUAGGUAGUAAUGGUCCAAUAGCACCAUGGAGGUUACUGUUUCUCUUGGAAGGCUUCCCAAGUGUGUUGGUAGCAGUCAUCGCAUGGCAUACUAUACCGGACAGUCCCGACAGCGCCCACUACCUCACACGGCGUGAGAAGAAAGUCGCCCGUCUCCGUCUCCGGAAAGAUAAAGAUCCCAACUCUGCGCCAGGAAAGGGACUCAACUUCAGAGAAAUGCUCUCCACGAUUAUCGAUCCUAAAUCCUAUCUCACAGCCUUCAUGUUCUUCUUCACCAACAUGGCAUUCUCAUCUAUGCCCGUCUUCCUCCCAACCAUCAUCCACGAAAUGGGUCACACAGUCCUCGUCUCACAAGCCCUCUCCGCGCCUCCGUAUCUGAUGUCCUUCUUCAUCGUCAUCCUAACAGCCUACCUGUCCGAUCGCCUGCGCAACAGGAGCUACUUCGUGAUCUUCCACGCCCUCCUGUCCGCUUCAGGCUACGCUUUCAUGGCUGUAGCUAAUCACUACGGCCUAGGGACUUGGUGGCGUUAUGCAGCUAUUUAUCCUGCCGCCAUUGGAUUCUUCAGCGUUAUCACUAUCAUCAUAACAUGGACGAUCAACAACCAAGAAUCGGAGUCGAAACAAGGGACUGGUUUCGCCAUGCUGCAACUGAUAGGUCAGUGUGGACCCUUGGUCGGCACGAGACUCUAUCCUGAAGAGGAGGCCCCGCUAUAUAUCAAGGGGAUGGCGAUCUGUAGCUGUGCGAUGGUUUUCGUGGCAAUUUUGAGUUUGGUACUGAGGCUUUAUCUUGGGAGGUUGAAUACUAAGGGGAAGCAUGAGUAUGGGCUUGUUGGGGAGGCUGGGGAAGAACUCGUUGGAGGGAAGAAUGGGAAGCAUAAGAGGCCGUUUGUGUAUAUGCUAUAG